AUGUCUGGCGGUAAAGUUACAGAUUGGGCUAGUAAGGACGGCGAAUUCCGGCGUCAAACAUCAUCAUUUCGUGAAACAGUUUCGAAAGACCAUUCAAUUUUCCGCCCGGAAGUUGGCCGUUAUCACUUGUAUGUAAGUUUAGCUUGUCCUUGGGCCCACCGUACCCUGAUCGUUCGUAAACUGAAGGGAUUGGAAGAGGUAUUGCCCGUGCAUGUUGUAGGAUGGUACAUGGGUCCGAAUGGUUGGGAUUUCGAAACAGAACGCGGAAGUACUGGAGAUGCAAUUUACCAAAGUCCUUUCCUAAGAAACUUGUAUUUCCGUGCAGAUCCCAACUAUAAUAUGCGCUUCACGGUGCCCGUGUUGUGGGACGUAAAACACCAUACAAUCGUAAACAAUGAAAGUGCAGAGAUCAUCCGCACACUCAAUUACGAAUUGAACGACUUGAUCAAAGACCCAAAGAAAAAGGAACUGGAUCUGUAUCCAAAAGACCUGCGUUCGGAAAUCGAUCGAUGGAACGACUACUUUUAUGAAACACUCAACAAUGGUGUCUACAAAUCGGGAUUUGCUACCAAAGCAGAAGCUUACGAGAAGAAUGUCAAGAUUGUAUUUGAAGCCCUGGGCAAAUUGGAGGAUUUGCUUAAAAAGACUGGUGGUCCCUACGUUUUAGGCGAUCGCUUAACGGAAACCGAUAUUCGUUUGUACACCACGGUGGUUCGGUUUGAUCCAGUGUAUGUGCAGCACUUCAAGUGUAACAUUGGUACGAUUCGCCAUGAUUAUCCUCACAUCAACAAAUGGCUUCGUAACCUUUAUUGGCGCCACCCUGCCUUUUUCGAAACCACCGACUUUGAUCACAUCAAAUGGCACUAUACAAGAAGCCAUACCCAAAUCAACCCGUUGAGCAUCACUCCCUUGGGUCCUUUACCUCCAAUUGAACCUCUAUAA